GGCUCUCUCCAAAACCGCCCAUAACAAGCGUUUACCAUGAAGGUGAACCUUACUUUCUUUUUUAGCGACGAGCGUCAGCACGCAUUGAUAUUGAUCGACAGCACGUGGCAAACUAUUGAGGAUGUGCAGAAGCACAUUCAGGUCCUCUUCAAUUUGAAGGAUAUUCGUUUGCUAACCAAUUCAGGAUACUUUCUACCGCCCAAGGAGUCUCUGAGGGUGCUCAAAGAUGCUUCUGGAUUGAAGGCCUUCUCUUUCCAUGAACCACCAGCCACCAGUUUAGAGGAAGGAAGCAAAAAGACAAGCAAGAAGCGCAAGAAAUCAUUCGAUGAAUCCGAGAGCUUACGCUGCAGCCCCCCGUGGGAUCAGCCAAAACGCUCUAAGCAGAAGAACAAAUCGGCUUUGCAACCAAUUUCUCUGAAUGCCGCAGCUGAUGAUAAGGUGAAUCCUUCAUGUAACACCAGUGAAUCCGACGGGCCACUCUCCAACUUCACUUUGAACCAGCCUAAGCGUUUCAAGCAGAAAAACAAAUCGACUUCGCAAUCAAUUAAUCUGAGUGCUGCAGCUGAUGAUAAGGUGAAUCCUUCAUGUAACACCAGUGAAGCCGAGGAGCCACUAUCCAACUCCACUUUGAACCAGCCAAAGCGUUUCAAACAGAAAAAACAAUCGACUCUGCAAAAAAUUUCUCUGGAUGCCGCAGCUGAUGAUAAGGUAAAUCCGUCAUGUAACACCAGUGAAGACGUGGAGCCACUCUCCAAUGCCUCGUGGAUAAGGCUGAAAUAUUACAAACAUCUAAAAACACAAAUGAAUGCGAUCAGUCAAGUUCUGAUGACGAUGAUAACAGAAAAGCUGAAGUCAUACGAGUAGAACCACCAGUUCACAAUUCCUUUGUGGCCGAACAUCAAAUAAGCAGUUCGAGUCUUCAAAUUACCUCUACACUUCCCCGCUCAUCAGAGUUACAGGAGCCAGAUUUAACAGCAAAGGAAAAUAAUUCAACAUUGUUGGUUCCUGAACCGCGGCCCAUUUCGUUUCGUUGCCCGCUAAUGGAGCUGGACUCAAACAAAGUGCGCACUUACAAAAUUUCAAUCAAAUCGAAACCCGCCCAAGAUAUCCCUAGAAAAUCGCAGAAAAAGCAAACAGAUUCCAGUGAACACAUCAAAUUGGCCACUCCCAAGACCGCCAAACAUGAAUCUACAACUAUAGCUCGAGCUGGAGCUACAACAGAAGCUGUGGCACCCUUAGUAGAUGUGAAAACGGUUCCCAGACGUGCUUGUGCCGACGCUAUAGACUGUGAUUCCGAGGACGAUGUCAUGGUGCUAGAUGACACCAGUGUAGAUGUGGACUCUGACGUGGAAGUGUCCCCCCAAGUUGUCCCAAGUAAUGAUUCUCAGGCAAAUGAUUCUUCGAUGGAUUUGCCAAAAAGGGGCGACACAAUACUCUUCAAGCUAAGGAAGGUCAAGAGAUCAAUGGGAUCGGGGCUAACCGGAGUUAUAGCUGCUAGCUGUACCUACAUCAAUCGUGGCACCAAUGCCGUUUCACUGCAAGUGAUAUCAUCUCCUCCAGGCAUCAGUCGUGUACUGAAACAGUACUGCAACAGCUUAGACGACUCAUGCGAAGAUAUACCCUGUUUAAUGGUCAAUAUGACCGAUAUGAUUGAAGCCAAACGUGUCGUACCCAGAGCCUAAAUAAUGUAACGAGCGUUUACAUACAUUCUGAUAUUCUAUUUUCAUAGCUUUGUAAAUUAUAUAAACAAUCAAAUAACAUGCAAA